AAGGUCACGCGGUUCUCAUCGAUCACGUGGCUAGGAAACUGCGCCAAUAUGGCGGCUUACUGGAGGAUGUCGCUUUGUUUAUAUCCCCAACUCCAGCUCUUUUUGUUCUGUUUAAUUUAUUGUAAUUUAAAUUGUAUGUUAGCGACCGAAGUGGAAGACUGCACAAACCUACGCCUGGGACAAUACCGGUGUAAAGACCCUAAAAUAGAUGAUGCCACCCAAGAACCUGAAAAUUGCAAGAACUCUUUGGCCUGGGUGGAAUGCCUGCCAGCCCCCAAUGUCACCUGCCGCCUUCCCAACAGGACACAUUUUAAAUUCAAUGGGGAGGAAGUUGGAUUCAACAAAAGUAUCCCUUGUCGAAAUGUGAAUGGCUAUUCGUACAAAGUGGCAGUGGCUCUCUCUCUCUUCCUGGGCUGGCUGGGGGCCGAUCGUUUCUACCUGGGAUACCCUGCUUUAGGUUUGCUGAAGUUCUGCACUGUGGGCUUCUGUGGCAUCGGCAGCCUGGUGGACUUCAUGCUGAUCUCUAUGCAGAUUGUGGGUCCUUCGGAUGGCUCCAACUACAUAGUGGACUAUUAUGGUGCCCGCCUGACCCGGCUGUCCAUCAACAACGAGACGUACAGGAGGACGCAGCUGUCGCCCUGAAUGCCAGCACCAGGAGGAAAAUAAUCACCACAAGAUCUAAAUUACUGAUUGAAACAAGACUUAUUCUUUUUUGUUUCUUGAUGACACUGCAUACCCGCGGGAGGAAAUUGAGUCAUGUCUUAUAACGAGAGAGACUGAAGGAAUUUCUUUGUGGCACCUUAAUCUCCAAGCCUGGGAUGCUGAUGCUGAGCUCUUGUCCCCUGUCCUGAGUCCGCUUAGCCCCGGACAUCAUAAGCAGUGUCCUGCCUCAGGGGCCCUGCAGUCUGUUUGUGUUCAUCCUCACUGUUCCUGUUGUCAUGGACCUGAACGUAUCUGCCUGUUAGAAGAUGCCCCUGUGCUGUCAGCUGUCGCAGUGCCGACCUGUAAAUAAAGUCAGCGAGGAAACGUCCACGGAGCCCAGUUUAUAUGAGGUGCCCUGUGCGAGGCCUUGCAGAUCACGUGCAGGUCACCCGCGGGUCUGCGCCAUCCAAUAUAUGGUUCAUUUCCCCUAGUAAACGCCGUCCUGCUUCUCCCUGAGCGAUCUGAAAGGAAUCAGAGUUCAAGCGGUGUCAAGUGCGCUUCCAUUUUCGCUUGAGCGUGUUCGAGUCUCGCUCGUGCACCUUCCAACAGAAUAGGGCAGUUAAUCAGAGCCGUGUGAUUAGUUUACAGGCCCCCCCAGCCUGUGUGUGUGUGUGCGCGUGUGUGCAUGCACGUGCCCAUGCCCACAAAGAUCUGUGAAUGCAAUCAAAAAACUAAAAAUGCCAAGAGUCUCAUUUUGCUUGGUUACUUAUGGUUAAGGUCAGGGCUGGGUAGGGGUUAAGGUUGUCUUAUUAGGGUUUUCCCCUAAUGAAUGGAGUCCCCACAAAGAUAUAGCUACAAACCUGUGUGUGCGCACCAAUCUGAAUCACCGCGGAUAUGACUGCGCGCUCACUCUGGCUCACCCGCCAGAACCAUUGUUCAUGUCAGGAUGUGUUAACUUCUCUAAUUAGUUAAUGUGGGUGCGGAGGAUAAUGAGGGAUUGUGUAAAGAGGAGCAGAAUCUUAAACAUUUCAAAUAAAAGAGCAGCGUUAAGAUGAUUGGUGAUGAAAAUGAAAAUCCUCGCUUGGGGAAAUGGUGAAGUCGGCUCCAUUCUGUAAUCGUGACAGUGUAAUAAAAGUGUAAUGUGCUCAUA